UUUAUUUUUUUUUUAUCUUAGCUGUGUUGGAGUAGAAGAACAUCAUGCUGUUGACAUUGACCUGUAUCACUGUCCCAACUGCGCAGUUCUACAUGGUUCCUCCUUGAUGAAAAAGAGGAGGAAUUGGCACAGGCAUGACUACACAGAAAUUGAUGAUGGUUCCAAACCAGUCCAAGCUGGAACUAGAACGUUUGUGAAGGAAUUACGUUCUCGAGUCUUCCCAAGUGCCGAUGAAAUCAUUGUGAAGAUGCAUGGCAGCCAGCUGACACAAAGAUAUUUGGAGAAACAUGGAUUUGAAGUACCUAUAAUGGUCCCCAAAUUAGAUGAUCUAGGACUCAGGCUCCCUGCACCUACUUUUUCUGUUAUGGAUGUGGAACGUUAUGUAGGUGGUGACAAAGUGAUAGAUGUCAUUGAUGUGGCAAGGCAGGCAGACAGCAAAAUGACACUUCACAAUUAUGUUAAAUACUUCCUGAAUCCUAACAGACCAAAAGUGUUAAAUGUGAUCAGCCUUGAAUUUUCAGAUACAAAGAUGUCUGAAUUGGUGGAGGUCCCUGACAUAGCCAGAAAACUUUCCUGGGUGGAAAAUUACUGGCCGGACGACUCAGUCUUUCCCAAGCCGUUUGUUCAGAAAUACUGCUUAAUGGGAGUUGAAGACAGCUACACAGAUUUCCACAUUGACUUUGGAGGAACUUCAGUUUGGUACCAUGUCCUCUGGGGUGAGAAGAUUUUUUAUUUGAUAAAGCCAACAGGUGAAAACUUGGCACUCUAUGAAGCUUGGAGUUCAUCUGUGACCCAGAGUGAGGUGUUCUUUGGUGAUAAGGUGGAUAAAUGCUACAAGUGUGUGGUAAAGCAGGGACAUACCUUAUUUGUUCCUACAGGGUGGAUUCAUGCUGUGCUCACUUCUCAGGACUGUAUGGCUUUUGGGGGGAACUUCCUGCACAACCUGAACAUCGGCAUGCAGCUCAGGUGUUAUGAGAUGGAAAAAAGGCUGAAAACACCAGAUCUUUUCAAAUUCCCUUUCUUUGAAGCCAUAUGUUGGUUUGUAGCCAAAAACUUGCUGGAAACCCUGAAAGAACUGAGAGAAGAUGGUUUCCAGCCUCAAACUUACCUAGUACAGGGCGUGAAAGCACUGCAUACUGCUUUAAAACUAUGGAUGAAAAAAGAACUUGUAUCUGAACAUGCCUUUGAAAUUCCAGACAAUGUUAGACCUGGACAUCUUAUUAAAGAACUUUCUAAAGUAAUUCGAGCAAUAGAGGAGGAAAACGGCAAACCCGUUAAAUCUCAGGGAAUUCCUACUGUGUGUCCAGUUUCAAGAUCCUCAAAUGAAGCAACUUCCCCAUACCAUUCCCGACGAAAGAUGAGGAAACUUCGAGAUCAUAAUGUUCGAACUCCUUCUAACCUAGACAUCCUGGAGCUCCACACAAGGGAGGUCCUCCGAAGAUUAGAGAUGUGUCCGUGGGAAGAGGACAUCUUGAGCUCUAAACUGAAUGGAAAAUUCAACAAACAUCUCCAGCCAUCUUCCACGGUACCUGAAUGGAGAGCGAAAGAUAAUGAUCUACGAUUACUGCUGACAAAUGGGAGAAUAAUUAAAGAUGAAAGACAACCCUUUGCAGAUCAAAGUCUUUAUACAGCAGAUAGUGAAAAUGAAGAGGAUAAGAGAAGGACAAAAAAGGCAAAAAUGAAGAUAGAAGAGAGUUCAGGAAUAGAGGGGGCGGAGAAUGAAGAAUCUCAAAAACCACUUAACAGGUUUUUUACAAGUGUGAAAUCAGAACUCAGGAAUCGAUCAUCAGAAUAUUCUGAUAUUUCUGAUUCAGAAGACUCUGGACCUGAUUACACUGCACUGAAAAAUAAUUUUACCACUGAAGAGUCUGAAAGUUCAGGUGAUGAAAAGAAACAAGAAAUAACAUCAAACUUUAAGGAGUCUAAGGUGAUGAGGAACUUCCUUCAAAAGAGCCAGAAGCCAUCCAGAAGUGAAAUUCCAAUUAAAAGGGAAUGUCCUACCUCCACGAGCACAGAGGAAGAAGCUAUUCAGGGCAUGCUGUCUAUGGCAGGGUUGCACUAUUCCACAUGUUUACAAAGGCAGGUCCAAAGCACAGACUGCAGUGGCAAAAGAAACGCUCUCCAGGACCCCAGCAGCUACCACAGCAGUAACCACGAGGUUAGGCAGCUGUAUCGCUAUGAUAAACCAGUGGAAUGUGGAUACCAUGUCAAGACUGAAGAUCAGGACUUGAGGAGUUCUUCUUGGAUUAAACAAUUCGAUACAACUUCCAGAUUUAAUUUUCAGGAUCUAAAUAGAAGCCAGAAGUGCAUCAAAAAGGAAGGUUCAUCAGAAAUGAGUCAGAGAGGACAAAGUAGGAAUUCUGUGGACAGCAGUGGUUCAAACCCUCAGAAUGGAAAGUAUAUGCAGAACUCAAGCUCGCUUUCGGGGCCGUGCCAGAUGAGUAAUGGCAGUGGAAGCCCAGAGAGGCCGCUUGCUGAAACUUCCUUUUCAGUGCCCCUUCACCCCACCAAGAGACCUGCAUCAAAUCCCCCGCCUAUCAGCAACCAGGCAACGAAAGGUAAACGUCCAAAAAAGGGAAUGGCAACAGCCAAACAGCGCCUUGGGAAGAUCCUUAAGUUGAACAGAAAUGGCCAUGCACGUUUUUUUGUGUGACGGAGCUGCUGUUGGGGCCACUCUUCCCUUUGGAGACCAGUCUCGGGGGUGCGGGCGCCUGGAGCUCCCGUGGUGCGUGUACAGUAGAGAACACUGCCUGAAGAACAAAAUGAACCUGAUGCUGCAUUUUCACUGUGCCACACCCACUCAGCAAUAACCAUUUGGACCUGGUGGGGGAGAGGAAGAAGGAGGGUAGAACCUUAAAAGGAGACCUUGAACUGGAAAGGGUCUCUUGUCAGGGCUUGAAUUUCAUUUUGUUGUUGGUAGUGUCUUGAUUUAUUUUCAGUGGUAGGGUAAAAAAUUAUCAAUAAUUUAUUUAACAGAUUUUUUUUUAAAGUUAACAGCUUUUAAAUUCUUUCUUUUUUAAAGCUAUUUAUUUGGAAGAUUUCUGGAGAAAUAUCUCACUAAUUUAGAUUUAAGAAUGUGAAGGUUUUUAAAUUAUUUUUGAUAGUGUGUGUGUUACAUGUGGGGAAGAGCCACGGUAACCGUAACUAGUCUGGACUCUUAAAUUUGAUAUUCAGGUUAAAGUCUUAAACAGGGAUUUGAUGCAUUAAUUAUUUUAAAUUAAGAUGUAUAUGAAAAUCAUUUUAUUUUAUAUAUUUCAUGUUUUUUAUAAGCUAUUAGCUUCGCUUUUGCUAACAUCCAAGGUGCAUACUGUUAUCCAGGUUGACCUUACAUCCCACCUUCCCCUCUGCACUCCCCGACGGUUGUGACGUCACAACAAGACUCUUCUCUUUGCAGGGAAACACUUUCAUAGCCGAUGUGUAAGAGCCACAUAAAAGACCCCAUAUUGCUCAUUUCAUUUGACAUUGCGAUUUUCUUCUAAAUAUAAAAAAGGCUUCUUGCAUUUUCAUUUUUGCCGAUGAUAUCUGGGUCCCAAAGAGAACAGCUUUAAUAUCUUUUUCCUACUUGUGGGAAAAAUAUUAUAAGUUUGGUUAAAUUGCCAUAUUUGUAGUUUUUCAAAUACAUUUGUAACUACAGAGGGCCUUCUUCAUACUGCUGGUGUUGGAAGGCAGGGCCAACACCUGCCACAGAGGUUAUAUUUUACAACACUUUUAUUCUGUGUACCUAAUUUGUUGGAAAAUAUGGUUUGACUUAGUUUAUUCAAAUCUGCAUAAUAAGCCGUAAUAUAAUAGGACUAUACUAUAUUAAUUGUAUAGAAGCAAGCAUGUUGGAGUAGAUAUUUUGUGGUGUGUGUGUGUGUGUUUAGUUUUUUAUUUCUUAACUUUCUAUAGAAUUAUUUAAGACAUGGAUUUGGAGUAAAAUGGGUGCUUCUUGCAGUUUCUUCCAUCUGUCCUAACUUAGCCAGUGUAUUUGAGGAUAAGUAUCUGGUUGAUCUUUAAGGUAAUCAUUAUCCCCUUAAUUCACAAUGUUUACUAAAUGCCAGUUGCUAAUAAUAGCUAAUAUUUUUCUUUGUUCCCCCAUGGCAUAAAAAUAAAUGAUUUCUGGGAGUGGGGUGGAGAUACUUCCAAUGCUGACAAUAGAGCAUUUUACAAGUUCCUACAAAGAAAACAUAGACAAAUAAGAUCAAAUUUAUUUUUAUGGAGAAGAAAUAUGGCCAUAUUAUGGACGUGCUUUUUUUACUCAGCAAGGACUUUCCCUUCUGUAUUAAGUAUCACAUGUAGCACUAAGAAAAAGAAAUACACCGUCAUCUUUCAUGGUUGCAUUCAAAUGUGUAUUUUCAAAGAGAUAUUUCUUACUCUGUCUUCAUUCCAGUAUUUCAUGGAAUAAAUCUGAAACAGCUUAUGAAUUAGCCUUUUUUGGUCCAAGUGACUGGACCAAAGUCUGGAUCUUUCUGGUGUCAGGAAGAAUUUUUAUGGAAAUACUAAAUGUCUAUAAGUGGCCUACUUAAACUCUGUCUACAUUAUGCCAAAACCAGUUAAGAGAUGAGUACAGUCAGUCAUUUGAUUGGUCAUCAGAUCUCAAAACGUCAAAAAUUUGUGUCUGACUGAUAAUCCCACCUUCCCCACACAAUAUAUUACUGUGAUGUUUUGGUUUUCUGUAGACACCGUUUUAAUAUUACAGUACAUAUGUUUUUGUCUUGGUUUAAGAAAUAAGAGUUGCAAUUUCUUUUUUUCAGUUACAUCAUGAUCUGGGUGUUCUUUUUUGUUUUCUUCACAUUUUUCACAGCUCUAAGUAUUUCUAAUUACCUGACUUUUUUCUUUAGCUAUAAAAAUUAAAAUGAAACAAUUUAUUUUUAUGAAUUAAAAUUGUGGCCAGUAUCCACCCUGUGUACUUAGCCUGGUAAAUAGUAAAUUUAAGUAGCCGGUAUGAGGAACUUUUAAGUGAAGGUACUGUGGAUUAAUUUUUGGCAGUUUUAGCCCACUAACUGGCUAAGUUAAAAAAAACUUGCGGUAAGGUAAUAAAUACAACCACUAAAACAGAAUACAUGUAUCUUUUUCUGAAUUGAUAAAAAUUCAGCCACUGAUCCAGUGACUUUCCUAGUCUUGUGAAGUUACUGGCUGUGAUGCAUCCCUUUCUCUCAUGGAAAUGACUGAACUUUUGAGGUGACUGCAGCCAGUAUCUGGACUCAACUGUAACAAACAACCUUUCGUCUUCCUUCUGUCUCAUUUAUAAACAAUACUACUGUAUAGAUACUGCAACUUAGACAGGAAGACAGCAGUAGCAGUGGUGGCAUUUAGCUAGUUAUAAGCAAAUACCAUUAUAUAAAACAAUUAUGAUUUAAUAUAUGCAAUUUUAAUUGUAGGUAAUAAUUUUCCUGUAUUGAUUCAAAUAAGUGACUUCUGUUAACCUGGGAUCCACUGUACUGUAAUUCAUACUGUCACAUAAUAUCAUGUUCUCCAGUGUUGAUUAAUGCUGUAAACAGUACAGAGCUGGCAUUUAUAAUAGUUCAGUAUCCUAGAAAUGCAUUGAACUUCAUAAGCAUCAGUUAAUUUUUAAAGCAUACAAAAUUGAAAAUUCUGAUUGAAAUCAUGUUAUAAACUCAGAGAAAACAAGCCCAUCUUUAUUAUUAAAUACAUAGCUUGAAUAGUGUUCUAGUUUUUAAUAAUCCUAAUUCCCUUUUUAAUGAACUCUACUGUAUUUAUUCAGAUGAGAUCAGCAGGUAUUUAUCAGACACCUACUAUGUGCCCAGCACUACUUAGUACUGUGGGGAAAUACAAAGUUGAAGUGUGGUCUCUGCCCUUGAAGCUACCUUCUCCAGGAAAUAAGCAGUAUUAUUUUCACUUCAAAGCAAACUUAAGCAAAGAGGGCGCAUUUGUUUAAAAAAAAAAAGCAUAACUUUAUUAGUUUUAACUGAAAUAUAUACUAUGCUACUGUAGAAGUGGAAGUAAAAAAUAUUUUAAUUAAAAAAAUUGUAAAAAGCAUUUCAAAAGUUAAUUUAUUGUUGGUAAGAGAGUCAUGGUUUAACAUGGAAGAGAGCAGAAGACCUGGAUUUUUGUCAAAGCUCUGCCAUUUAUGUAUCAGCGGUGUGACCUUGAGUAAGCCACUUAUUCUUUCCACGUCUUAGUUUUCUCAUUUAUAAGUUUGGAGAAAAAUGCAGUUAAGAAAAACAUAGAAAACCAUUCCCUAACUUAUUAACACUUUAUACUUGCAGAUAAUUUAUCAUUAUUUAAAUUACAACUGAAAGUUAAUGAAUACACAUUUAUAUGCAUUUUAAAAUGAAAACUAUUACUUACAAAAUUUGUUUUAUGUCAAAUAUAUGCCUAGAGCAUGCUACCUAAAAAAUAUGAAGAAUCUCUAAAAAGGUGCUGAAUUUAAAGUCAGAAAUAGUGCUUGAAGUGAAAGGAGAAGUGGAAUAGUUUAUGGAUAAGAGUGAGACUGUUUAUCCUCAAGUAAUCAUUAAGGUUAUUUAAAGUGAUUGAAAGAUAGUUUUAGAUUUUUCUCAAAGAGGAAUUAGGAUGGUACUGCUCCUGGGGUACUCUUCAGGCAUGGAAUUAAAAUGAUGCAGCAACAACCCAUGGAACUAGGGGGUAAAAUAAGGUGGUUCCAAAGAUGGGAAUCAACAGGCAGCUCAGCGCUGGCUAAGAACGACUUGCUGGGUAGAAAGAGAAACCACUGUGGCAGCAUAGGAAAGGAGAGUGAUAGGACAUCUUCAAAACUGAAGAUACUUUCAGCCUUUUUCAGGAGAUGCUCUCUAUAGUGACAAGACUACCCCACAAAGAGUUCACCAGUGACCGUAAAGCCCAGUAUGCUGCUGCCAGAAGUAACUAUUGCAGCGUGUCAGCAUUUUACAAUUACACAUUGAGACGAGGGCUUCAUAAUGUCACUCAGAAAAGUUCUCAGAAAUUCAUUUGUUCUCAUUAAAUAUUAAGCAAAUUGCUCCCUCCAAAAAGAGAAGCUAAAAUCACCAGUCAUUUUCGGAUGCUCUAGACCUAGACCUUCAUUUUAAGCAAUCUUGAGGAGGUUAAGCCUCAGAUCUUUAGCUGACGAAAAAAAAUGUCACCGAUAAGUAAAGGAGACAAAUGAAACCCAGGUAGGGCAGUGAUUCAGCUGGGGUCCCAGUGGAUCCCAGACCUCACCCUAUCACAUGCUUCCUACCACCAGCCCUGUUCAUAGGCAGCCCCUAUGCAGCCUCUGCUCGUCCUGUGGUGGAUGGUGUUGAAACGCUUACUAGAAGCCAGGUGGAAAGAAAGGGGAAGUAGUAACAUACUGCAUUGCUGUUGGACUAAAGUGAUUUUAAUACUGUAGCCUUACUAAAAUCCCUGCCCUUAAUUUCAUUUGUUUUUCAGUGAACAUCAUGCCAUUAGUCAAAUAUUUGAUAUUCCUUACAUAAAUACAUUUUUUAAAUUAGGAUUAAAAGCAAAUGCCUGUUUCCAAAGCAAUUAGCUUAUCGUGAUUGACUGUGGUUUUAUUCUUUUAUAGUAUUUUUUCCCCUCUUUAAUGGGUAGGGGAAAAUAACACUCAUUUUUACCUGCAUUCUACCCCUCAGAGUCUCCCUCUUUACCUUUGGUGCCCUCUCUAGUGUCCUAAAGCUUUGUCUUAACAAGUACAACAUUAAAUUUUAUGUUAAAACCUUUUUGAAACUGUAUUCAGUGAUUCUUCCAACAAGUUUAUCUGUUCUGCACUAUUUCACUAAUAAACCCUGGCUACCACGUAGCCCUUGACCUCCAAGUAGUUUGCCUAUGCAAGACCUGUGACAUUCUGAAUUCACUUUUCCUUGUUUCAGAAAGCAGUCCUAAGUGGAACUUACUCAUACAGAUAAUCCUUGCCUCCACCCCCUUUUAUUUUGGCCAUUUCCUUUGCAAAAUGUCAGCUAUUUUCCCCCCAAGAUUUUUCACCAAAACAAUGAUCAUAAGUGCUGGAAUAUAUAAUAUUUUGCAGGAAUAAAACAACCCAGACAUACUCUUAUAUUUCUGUGGUAGAUUUUGGUUGGUAAUGGUUACCAGCAUUAAGUGGACUAUAGAAUGAGGAGUUAAUUUCUUGCCUAGAAUCAUUUCUUCCCUCUGAUUCAUAAGUAACCUUUUAUUUUUACAAAGCCUACAUAUAACUUCCACAUUAUAGUCAGGGACCUGUGGUGUAACUUGCUAAGGGAACCCCCAGGUUAUUUUAUCUUGCUAAAGAAACCUAAACCAAACUAAGGGCCUUACAUUUAUGGUUAGACUGAAUCAAAAGCUAUAACCUCAAUUUUUCCCCAAACAGCUUCUGACUGCAAAAGCAAGUCAUGCAGUUGUUAGGUAUAAAAUAGCACUGAUCAGGAAAUGCAUUUGCAUCUUUGCAGACGGUAUUUCCUUCCGAAAACACUUUUCUACUUUUAAUAUAAAUUAAGCCAUAACAGUUUGAUGCUGUGGAAAGAGGGUGAAAAGGUUCAUUUGAAGAGAUUAUAUAUGAAUUUUCACAUUUACUGUGAAAUGUCUAACUUUGCCAGUGCUUCAGCAGGUUUUUUUUUUGGUGGGGAGGGGUAGAGGGAGGUGAUAGGGAGGGGUAGUAUUGAUUUUAGGGGUUUCAAAUCUGUGAAAUUUGAAAAGGGGACAGUUGUUGGCUAUGGUAUUUACUAGUUUUGUAGUAAGGUUUUGCUAGCCUGACUGACUUUCCUUAAGUGAUGUUUAUGCCCAUGGUCCAUGGUGACUGUUCCCCUUUCUUGUUGGGGGUGUCUGCGGAGUAGUGUCUUGUCUGUAUAGGCAGUCAGUGCGUAAGCACACGUGUGUCCUUUCAAGACAGAAGUACACUGUGUGACUACGGAGCGGGGUGUGGCUGGGAAGUGGGAUGCUGAAGCUUUAAGAGCAAUUUUUUUCCGAUUCAUAACAGUAUUUCCCAUCUUUUGCCUGCAGGCAGGGAAAGUGUACAGUAUUUAUUUUGUUUCUGUUUUAAAUUUGUAAGUCUUUAAAUAGCUUAUGUUGGUUAUUAGAGGGGAGGACAAGUGACUUGUUUAAAGUGUAUUUGGUAUUCUUUCCAAUUUCUGUAUUUUGAAAUAUUGAAAUUAAAAUUGUAUUACUUCUGUUUUGAUUUUUUUAGCGCUCAGUGUAUUUUUGGCUCAUUUUGUUUGAAAGUAUAAAUGUUGAAAGUUGUAUAAAAUGUGUCUUCGAAAGAAAAAUUUGAAUUCUA